GGCGCUUGAAUGCCUUCUGCUGAGGCAGGGCAUCCAGCGGCCAUGCUUUGGAUGGCCUCCGGCGUGGCCCGCUGGCCUUUGUGUCACCCAACAAUGACGAACGCGCCAUUGUUUGUCGGCCCAAUGGCCAACACACACACGCACAAUGUAUGUGUGUGUUAUGUGCCAUUCUGUGCAUGUAUGUUGGCUGAAUUUACUUUUUCUCAGCAUUCAGAGGGGGAGGCCGCGUCACCGCCGCGGGGAGCCAAUCAGGCACUUGUUCUUUGGAUUUAUGCCAGCGCGUCCGCCUUGGUGACUUGAGUCCAAUUGGCAACAUCGGGGGGGGCAAACACACACACACACUUGCGCACACACGCCGCACCAUAGAAGGUGAGCGAGAGAGAGAGCGAGGGGGACGAGAUGCCCUACACACCGUCUGGUUUUUUCUGCGACCGGCUCAUCCGGGAGCGAGAGCGGCGCGACGGGGAAGGCACCCUGAACAAGCCGCUGCGCUUCAAUGGGCAGGACUUUGGCGCCCUGCGGCGGGAGUGGGCCCAGCGCGGGACCCUCUUUGACGACGACUCCUUCCCGCCCAACAUUGAGUCGCUGGGCUUCAGGGAUCUCGGACACAAGUCCAACAAGGUCAAGAACAUAGUCUGGAAGAGGCCCAAGGAAAUUAGCGAGAACCCGCAGUUCAUUGUGGGCGGGGCCAGUCGUACCGACAUCUGCCAGGGAGAUCUCGGUGACUGCUGGCUGCUGGCCGCCAUCGCCUGCCUCACCCUCAACGAAAAGCUCCUCUACCGGGUGGUUCCUCCGGAGCAGAAUUUCACGCAGGACUACGCCGGAAUCUUCCACUUCCAGUUCUGGCGCUACGGCGACUGGGUCGACGUGGUCAUCGACGACCGCAUCCCGACUUUCAACAACCAGCUGGUGUUUACCAAGUCGGCGGAGAGGAACGAGUUCUGGAGCGCUCUGCUGGAGAAGGCAUAUGCAAAACUGCACGGCUCCUACGAGGCCCUGAAGGGCGGCAACACCACCGAGGCCAUGGAGGACUUUACGGGCGGGGUGACCGAGUUCUACGAGAUGAAGGAGGCUCCCAAAGACCUCUACAAGAUCAUGAAGAAGGCUCUGGAGAGAGGCUCCCUCAUGGGCUGCUCCAUCGACUCCCUCGUCCCUGCUCGCUUCGAGACGCGGACCUCCACGGGCCUGGUGAAGGGCCACGCUUACUCCGUGACGGCGGUUGAGGAGUGUCGGCCCUUGCAGCACAGAGAGACCAAAGUGCGCCUGGUGCGUCUCAGGAACCCUUGGGGCCAGGUGGAGUGGAACGGACCCUGGAGCGACAACUCAAAGGAGUGGGCCGCACUAUCCAAGGCUGAGAAGGAGAAGCUACAACACCAGAGCGCAGAGGACGGAGAGUUCUGGAUGUCCUUUGAGGACUUCAAGAAGAACUACACCAAGAUCGAGAUCUGCAACCUCACGCCCGACGCCCUGGAGGACGACAAGAUCCACAAGUGGACCGUCUCUGUGAACGAGGGCCGCUGGGUGCGAGGCUGCUCGGCCGGAGGAUGCAGAAACUACCCUGACACUUUCUGGACCAACCCUCAGUACCGCCUUCGCUUGCUGGAGGAGGACGACGACCCUGAGGACAACGAGGUGGGCUGCACCUUCGUGGUGGCUCUGAUGCAGAAGAACAAGCGGAAGGAGCGCAGGAUGGGCGCCAACCUCUUCACCAUCGGCUUUGCCAUCUACGAGGUACCCAAGGAGAUGCACGGCAACAAGCAGCACAUGACCAAGGACUUCUUUCUGGUCAGUUCGUCCAAGGCGCGCUGCAAGUCCUACAUCAACCUGCGCGAGGUCACCCAGCGCUUCCGGCUCAGCCCCGGCGAGUACGUCAUCGUGCCGUCCACGUACGAGCCGCACCAGGAGGGCGAGUUCAUCCUGCGCGUCUUCUCCGAAAAGAGGAACACGUCAGAGGAGAUUGAGAACAGGAUCGAGGCUGACCAUCCUGUGCCAGCGCCGGUCUCAGCAGGGGAGGAAAGCGAGGAGGACCAGCAGUUCCGGACUAUUUUUCAGGAGAUUGCGGGUGAAGACAUGGAGAUCACGGCCAACGAGCUGAGACACGUUCUCAACAGACACAUCGUCAAACACAAGAGCUUGAGUACAGAGGGCUUCAGCCUGGAGAGCUGCAGGAGCAUGAUAGCUCUGAUGGACAUGGAUGGGACGAGUCGCCUCAACCUUCAGGAGUUCCGCUACCUGUGGAAAAAAAUCAAAAAAUGGCAGGAAAUCUUUAAGCACUACAACCCCGACCAGUCGGGCAGCAUCAACAGCUACGAGAUGAGGAACGCCGUCAACGACACAGGCUUCCGCCUCAACAACCAGCUGUACGACAUCAUCACCAUGCGCUACGCCGACGAGAGCAUGAACGUCGACUUCGACAGCUUCAUCAGCUGCCUGGUCCGCCUCGAGGCCAUGUUCAGGGCGUUUCAGGCCUUCGAUCAGCACGGAGAUGGUACAAUUCGACUCAGCGUACUGGAGUGGCUCCAGUUGACCAUGUACGCCUAAAGACGAAGAGGGCCACCUCCUGCUCAUCCGUACGAGGACCAGACCUGCCAAGAUUAUACCUCAUGACUUCCUGUGCCGCUUCUCAUCUUCCUCCCUAUUUUGCCAACACUUCCUUCUCAGUUCAGGCCAUUUGCAUCUAUUCUGUGCUUUUUGUCCUACGCCCAUGCCCAACCCACCCAAAGAAAUCACUCUCUCUCUCUCUCUCUCUCUCGCCUUUUUCAUGCUUAGAGACAACUUUCCUCCCAACCCGCCAACAGUUCCUCCUCAGUUCCGGCCAUUUGCAUCUAUUCUGUGCUUUUGUUCUUCUUCCUCAACCCGCCCAAAUAAAUCACUCUCUCUUUUGUCAUUUUCAAUUAUAGAGACACCCUUCCUCCCAUUCCAUUCCCCCACUUUUUUUAGUACAGGCGUUUUGCAUCUAUUCUGUGCUUUUGUCCUCCUACCAUCCCAAGACACCUAAAGAAAUCACACUUGUUUUUUAAUGCCUUUCUUCCCAGUCCACCACUUCUUCUUCCUCCAUUUUCAUCCAUUUUUUGCUUUUGUCCUAUCACUCCCAACCCGCCCAAAGAAAUCACUCUUGCUCUCUCUCGUCUUUUUCAUGCAUGGAGACACUCUUCCUACCAUUCUGCCAUCAUUUCCUCCGCUGUUCAGGCCAUUUGCAUCUAUUCUGUGUUUUUGUCCUUCUUCCUCAACCCGCCCAAAGAAAUCACACGCUCUCUCUCUCUCUCUCUCUCAUCUUUUUCAUUCAUGGAGACAUGCAACCUUUCUUCCUGCCAACACUAUCUCCUCAGUUCAGGCCAUUUGCAUCUAUUUUGUGCUUUUGUCCUUCCCCACCAACCCAACCCAACCCGCCCAAAGAAAUUACUCUCUCUCUCUCUCUCUCUCUCUCUCUCUCUUGUAUUCAUGGAGACGCUCUUUCCUUCCUGCCACCUGUGUACUUUUUUCCCCCCACUCAGGCAUCACACACACACAAAACGACCUCUUUUGACAUCUGUCACCAUACCUCACGGAGCCUCCCCACCUCACACAUAUACACAUACACACACGCGCGCACACACCUGUAGGUGUAGGUGAGGACUCACAGUGGACAAUUUGUCGAUCUAGUUUUUUGUUCACACCAACAUUGGAGGUUCCAAUAAGGAAUUGAAGAAGAGAAUACGGCUAUAAAAGGUUGGACAGUUUUUGUUGUUGUGAUUUUUCUUUUUACUAUUUAAGGCUUUGGUCAAAUGAGUGUAAUGCGUUUUUAAAAUAAUUUUAUCCCUACCAAUAAAUCAAUCCAUGUUUUAAGUUACACGCUUGGCAUUCUUCAGAGUUUCGAGCAGUAGACCUUCGCAAAGGCCAUCUUAAUGUUACAAAAUGUAAUAAAAUCAUACAUCAACUCCACCCUUUACAAGCUGAUCCGAUAUUUUACAUGGCUAUCAUGUUUUUUGUUAAAUGGUAUUUUCCAUGAUGCAUUACUUCCU